GGAAACUUACCUGGCCAGUUGUCAGCAGCAACUCCGAAGGCAAGAAGGCAGUUGUCAGUUUUACAAUGGAGUCUCUGAUUGAAGCAAAUACCAAAUUUUCUUUGGAUCUUUUCCGAGAGAUAACCAAAGAUGAGAGUCAAAAAAAUAUCUUUUACUCUCCUCUGAGCCUCUCAGCUGCCCUGGGCAUGGUCCGCCUGGGGGCUAGAAAUGACAGUGCUCGUCAGAUUGAUGAGGUACUACACUUCAAUGAACUUUCCCAGAGUGAAAGCAAAGAACCUGACCCCUGUUUGAAAAGCAAAAAAGCCGUAGAGGUUGACAGUUCUCUGGAAGGGCAGAAAGAAACCACGGAGCCUCUGGAUGUGCAGGCCAAGUCCUCCAGUGGUAAGAACGAGCUGCUCAGCUGCUACUUUGGAAAUCUUCUCUCCAAGUUAGGCAGGGUCAAAGUUCACUACACCAUGAGUAUGGCCAACAGGCUCUAUGGAGAGCAGGAAUACCCAAUCUGCCCGGAGUACUUAGAUGGUGUGAUUCAGUUUUACCACACGACGAUUGAAAGUGUUGAUUUCCGGAAAGACACUGAACAGUCCAGACAAAAGAUCAACUUCUGGGUUGAAUCUCAAUGCCAAGGUAAAAUCAAGGAACUCUUCAGCAAGGACACCAUCAAUGACAAGACUGUGCUGGUGUUGGUGAACGCCGUGUACUUCAAGGCCAAAUGGGAACAACGUUUUGACUGUGACAACACAGUUGAUGAACCUUUCUUUCUGAAUGAGAAUGAAGAGAAGACUGUAAAGAUGAUGAAGCAAAAGGGCACGUUUAGAAUCGGCUUCAUAGAGGAGCUGCAGGCACAGGUCCUGGAGAUGAAGUACACCACGGGGAAGGUCAGCAUGUUCGUCCUGCUGCCACCUCGCUCCGCAGACAACAGGAAGGGCCUGAAAGAGCUUGAAAGGAAAAUAAGUUAUGAAAAACUCAGGGCCUGGACUAGCUCAGAAAACAUGUCAGAAGCAAAGGUAGCCAUCUCCUUCCCCCAGUUCACCCUGGAAGACAGCUAUGACCUCAACUCCAUUCUGCAAGACAUGGGUAUUACGGAUAUCUUUGAUGAGACGAAGGCUGACCUCUCGGGAAUCUCUCCCAGCACCAAUCUGUACUUGUCCAAGAUUGUGCACAAGACCUUCGUGGAGGUGGAUGAAAAUGGCACCCAGGCUGCUGCAGCCAGUGGGGUGGUUGGCAUGGAAAAGUCACUGCCGUCCUGGGUGGAGUUCAACGCCAACAGGCCUUUUCUCUUUUUCAUCAGACACAACAAAACCCAGACCAUUCUUUUUUGUGGCAGGGUCUGCAGUCCUUGAAGGGACCCACUGUCCAGCACUGGGGUGUGGGAGGAAAGUGGCAGUGGUCUUCCUUCCCCUGUGUAAUGAGGGCACCUGUGCAUUUGCUGCUAUCCAGAGCUGAUUGCAUCCUGUUCCAGCCCCGAGCUGCCUCCCCCAGCCAUCAGCCGAAGUUUGUCCUGAUCUUUUUCACCCUGAAGCUGAUUUUCAUCUGUUUAUUCCUAAUGAAGGGCCCUUGCUGCCUCCCUCUCCCCUUCUACCUGCAACUUUCAAGCAUAUAAAUUCACCCUCUGUGACCUGGUCAAUGCAGUUUCGAAUGGUAUUAAUUUUAUGUAAGAUACCUACCUCCUUAUGAAGGAAUUCUGAAAGCUCAUUGACAGAGUACCUUUCAGAGAUGGAAAACUCAGAAGCCACUUCAACAUGGGGAUAGCAAGAGUAAACAUUUGGAAUGUGUUUGGGAAACUCAGCUCUGUUCUAGAGCAGUUAUGGUCCUGGCCCUUGCUGGGCAAGAGGCCCUGCCUCCUCCUCUUACUUCUUCCACUGCAUGGAAGAUGUCCUGGAAGGUCUUUUCACUUGGGAGAAAAUGGCAUCUGGGGGUGUAUUUAAACCAUAGUUCAAGGAUGUGUGAAUCCCCAGCCAGCAUUCACUCUGCAUAUAGUGGGAGAAUAUUUGUAUUGUGAAUUUGACACUGACCCAGGAAAGUGAUAAGAGGAUUUUGAAAGUUUGGUCUCAGUUUUUCUUAUCAAAACUGCUGGAGUAUCAUGAAGCACUUCCCCUGUCUCUUCUUUGUGCCCUUCCUUAGAGAAUUCCCAUCUGUUGCUCAUUGCUGCCAAAUGCCCAGUGUGUUGUAGUGGGCAGCUGGGCUCCCCACUCCCUGCUCUCUGGCAGUAGGGACCUAUUUGCCCUUCCAGGGGGCCUUAUGCCUGGUGAUGCUACUGGUAGGAAAAGUCCAGUGACUGGGCUGACACAUGUGGAAUCCUUCCCAGGAUGUCUGGUGGCUUCGUACUGAGGUCUAGAUCACUGGAAGUAUGACACCUGAGUGUUCAGACCCCAGACCCCCCAGCUCUGUUCUUCUGAAGAGCUCUCUGAGUUCAUGAUAUCCCUUAGCGAAAGGCCCUGAAUGACCACUGCCAUGUGCAACUCUAGUGAUUUGUCAAUCUCUUUUGUGAUUUGGGUUGUGGUCCAGUUUUACUUCUGUGCCUGUGACUCUCCUGCUCCCAGCUGCCCCUGUGCUGGUUAAGGGUGGCUGUGGCAGUUAACUUAGGAGCAGGAAGAUCACCUUUACAUGACCCGAUGCUGACAAGUUGCUUGUCACCUCCCAGUUAUUUGCCCAGCCAGACUGAGGCACCUUGGGACUUCUUUGUGCUCUGAGAGACAAACUCCAUUCUCUCCCUGCAGUGUUCUCUUUGUGGAAACUUAAUGAUGGAGUAGAACAAUCUGUCACUGGUGAUGUGGGGCGGUGCGAGGCAGGAAGGAACUUCUUUUCUUUGCUUUUUUUGUGCUAGCAAGAUUGACCUUGCAAUACGGCAGCUGGAGGCAGAAAGAGCACCAAGUUGGUAGGUUGCUGUGAUUGCUAGAAAACCCACUAGAUGAAAAUCAUGAGGUGGACAAACUCCUCUGCUUUUCAGUUUAAGGUCCCCUCCGUCCAGCAAUGUUGACUGAUAAAACAAACAAGGUAAUGAAGAUGACAAAACUAUCGCUUUCUUAUUGCUAUGACUAUUCUGGGAAGGGGACCAUGGGUGGAUAGGCCCCCACAGGCCCACUGACACUGUGCAAACAGACCAGAAUCCCUAAAAUCCCAGUAAACAGACUCUGUGUUCUCUUUUAUCUUGACCCAAGUCCUCCUUGUGAUUUCCUACACUGUUGAAUAAAUAUUCUCCCCUCAAACUCCUCCCCACUUUUUCCCUUGAGCUGGGGCAAGCCAGAACAUGUUGCUCCAUUCCUAAUUGCUGUUUACUUCUUUUGCAUGCAUGGAAUCUUCAAAAUCACAACAUCAUUAACAUGAAACAGAGGUCCAACUGGGACAGCAGAACGAGGAAUCUGUGCAGCUGUCUCAGUGGAUUCUUUGCUCCAUGAAGAAUGAAGAUGAAUUCCACGUGAAUUCUUCAUCCUCAUUCUUCAUGUUAGGCUUUUGGUUCCCCAAGUCCAUUUUCUUAUCCUAGUCUUUGCACUCAAUCUAAAUAAUCCAAAUCUUUUUCUUCUUACUCAAUAAAAAUAACAAAAUAAAUUCCCAUACAUGCAUAUUUCUAACUGAGGAUAUUAAAUCUAUAGACUCAAUUUGCAAGUUGUCACAUUCUAAUACAACAGGUUUUCCUUCUAAGUAACGUUAUCUAUCAUGUGCAUCAAAGUUUUAGCUACAGACGGGUAAAAAAGAUUUCAAAAGCAUUCAGAUGAACAACAGUGGUGUUGAGAGAAAUCCAUAUACCCAUUAUUGACACACAAACAUUCUGAGUAGAUCAUCUCAUAAUCCAGUUGAAAAAUAUGGGGAAAAAUAUAGGAUUAUGAAAAAAAAAUAGUGGUAAGAAAAAAUACAUUAUGAUAUAGACACAAAAAGGAGACUUCAUAAGAAUGAUUUAUAGCAAGAAGCAGAAUAAAAUUUUAGAAAAAUUUUUGGCAUGCUUAAUAGUAUUUCAAUAGACCAGGCAUCUAUGGGAUUAGAUUAGAUAAAUGCUCUUGAAAUAUUAGAAGACUGCCAGGGGAAUCAAAAACACAAGAAGAAUUUAAAUAGGUUUUAAAGGCAGUCAAGGAGCAAAACUGGCUCACUGGAAAAUUUAGUGAUGAAUAGGGCACAUUCAAGUUCUUAGAACAUACAAGAAAUAACAGGAGGGAAGUUUGUAGACACAAAGAAAGAAUAGAAAGUAAACCCAAGAAUUAUGGUAUUUCUGAGGAAGAAAGCGGAUUACUGGCAUGGAUUCAAUAAUCAAAGACAUAAUGUAAGAAAACCUUCUUGGUUGUCUGAUUACACCUAUUGAUUUCCAAGAAAAGUAAUAAAAAAUGGACAUGCCAAGAAAAUUGUAAAACAAAUGAUUGAGAAAAUAAUCCUAUCAGUACCUAAGGAGAAAAGAAAAUAGUUUAUGUGUAAAGGAUAAAAAAAUAGCAGAUAGAACUCAAACACUUUUUUGUUUUUGUUUUUGGUUAAGUUUCUGAACACAAUGAAACCUAGUCUACAGGUAUGAAGGGAAAAUACAUGAUUAAACAAUUUCAUAUUGGUCAAAUUGGUCUGUGUGAAAAUACAAAAGAAAAUUGUUUUCAGACAUACUUCUCUGUGUGAGUGUUGUUAUAUUUAAAUUCCCAAUACCUGGCACCAUGCUGGAAACAUCACAGAAACUAAAAUUAAAUGCAUGUUGCUUUGAGUGAAUCUAAUACAGCCAAGACUCAAAAAUCCAGCAUCAAAAUCCCUUCAGUAAAAAUAUGACCUCAGUUUAUAAUCAAAGUAAAAAAAGAUAAAUUUCUUAUUUAAAAUUCUCACUAUGCCUAAAAUU